CGCCCUGCUCUGCCCGCCUUCGCCCGUCAUGUUCGACCGCCGCGUCUUCCCCGCAGUCCUCUGCGCGAUCGGCUGGGCCUCGCUGUGCCGACCGGUGUGGGCGCAUCACGUGGGCAAAGGCCAGCAUCUGCCGGAAGUGUUCCGGUUCGCGCGGUGUCGUGCCAGCUGCCUCGACAAGCUUGGCCUGAAGACCGAUAACGACGACAUCGAAUGUACCGGAGACAAGGAGUGCAACAUGUGUUGGGACGUGUGCAAGUUUUUCAACAAAGACUUUGAAGUUUGGAAACACAUGUGCACCGUGGAGGAAUUAUGUUUUCCUGGCUGCCAAGUGGCCUGCUCGUUCUGGCACAAGGCGUCCCAGAAGCCACCCGGCAGCGCAGUGACCAGCCACUCUGAGUACCGGGCCGUGUUCUCCGAGCCUCCGCGGCUGGAGGCGCAUGGCGCACACGAUGUGCGUGUCACGUGGUCCCGGCCUCUCGGUGCCCAGGACGACCUUAUUGAGCGCGGGCUGGUCUACGUGCUCUUUCUCAGAGGGCUCGUCGACGAUCAACGCUGGGAGGACGCCGGACAGACACAGUACCACAACGCUACCCUGAGCCGCAGCCAACUGAAGGAUUCCUCGGAGCUCGAGAUCAUCGCACUGUCGGCGUACGGCGUCUUUGCUCACACUCGAGUGUCCCUGGACCUGGAGUCGGCAGCCUUCGACUCGAUGCAGGCGGACGCCUCCGCCUCCUCUUUGCUUCCGGCCUUCGCUGCUCCGAAAGUGGAGGAGCUGAGGCACUCCAGCGGACCCCGGGUCGAAGUAGACAUCGUCUGGGACAUCAAUCUGUCGCCGGAGGCCAAGGAAGUCAAGUAUGAGGUCAUGUGGAAGGUCCUUGACACGGCAGUAGACGUGACGGGCCGCUUGUACACGUCGCGGCCGUCAGCCACGCUGCCGCUGUGGGGGGGAACCUCGUACUCGAUCUUCGUCCGACGCCUCUCUCCCGUCACGGGUGAGCCCGACGCUGAAACGCUCUCUCGAUUCCUUGACACGCCCGUCGUCGAGCCAGAGCCGAGCACAGAAGAAUCCGCCUCAACAGCAAGCUGCGUGCGCAUCGAGAUGGUGGCGGCCUGCGCCGUCUUUUCCAUGGGUGCCAUUUUCGUCUGCGUCGUAGUGCUGGCACUGGUUGCCGUGCGAAAAUCCAUCAGGCCCGGAGGGGAAGCCGCAGCCACCAAGUCCACGUCCACUAAAAAAUGUGGCUCCGAGCGUCGCAGCAGCAGGCGGAGCUCCCAGCUGUGCAGCGGCGCCAAGGCCCUGCUGGGCGCCCAUUCCGGAAGCAGCCCUGCGAGCCCCGUGGGCGAGUCGUGCGAGGACUUGCUGGCUGAAGCGCAACUCGAGGGCGGCGGCACCAAGCAGUGCUUCGUCUACGACAACCAGUUGGCCUAACAAGGGGCUCCAUGUCGAGUGCAGCUCGCCAGCACACCGAAGGAACUAAAAAGAAAAAACCGCGAGCCAUAACCGACAGUGAAUUGCUGCUCUUCAGACAUUUCCCAGAAGAUGCGGUCCUCUUCCAGACCACCCUAAGUGCCAAAAUAACAUUUCUCGUGGGAAGGCGGUUCUCUUCUGCACCACUGACGACGGCAUACCGUUUUUCGUUGCCGAAGAGCUCCGCUUGCAAACUCGUGGGUGACGUGUUCUAGAGAUUGAGUACGCCGUCUCCAGUUAGAAGGGCGUAGACGCUCUGGUGGGCGUAAUGCUCUGCUUUGGCUAUUUCUUAUGCGGUGCAUGAGUGCUUCUGCACUUGAACAUUAGACAGCUAAGUUGAAUGGUUUGAAGAAGUUGAUUUGAAGUAGUUCAAGUCUCGCUUUAUAGGACUGUACACAUAUCCUGGAUCUGAGCAGCUCAUGCUGAGAAAGUGCAUCAACUACACGCAUGUCAUAAACAGGUCCCAACGCAAAGACUGUUGCGUCGCCUACAUUGGCGAAUUCAAAAGCCUUCAAACGAGUCUAAGGCAGACUCGGUAUCACGCAGCCAAUGGGAAUUCAGGUUUUAACGCAGAAUGGCUAUCUCACCCGAAAACGAAGACGUGCCAAUGUGUGCCCAUUCGGACAGUAGAAGUGAUAAAUAGGCCGAGUAGCAAAUUGCCUUGCAUUUGCGCGCGCACGCACGCACACCCAUAAAGCGCGUCUAAGGAAACACCAUUCUCUGUAAACAAAGUACCGGUGUUGUCCAAAGUGCGUGAAGUGUUGGUAUGUCUCGUUCCAUUGUCGCGUGUAUUGCACCGUUCUAGCGCUCCAACUAGCUUCUCGCGCAUUCUAAUGUUUCAUCUUCAUUUCUUCGUAGUUUCUCGUUUUGCAUGUCCUA